UACAGGACGGAGCACACAUCUGCAGUUCACAGCGAGGCGUGGUCAGAGCUGACAGGUGGACACAUACAGCUGCAGCCAGGAUACUCCACCGAGCUUUCUCUCCUUCAGAUUAACACAUCCAAGCUGCAACAAAAUGCCGAAGUGUCCAAAGUGCCAAAAGGAAGUUUACUUUGCUGAGAGGGUGACGUCACUGGGCAAGGACUGGCACAGGCCCUGUCUGAAGUGUGAGAAGUGCAGCAAGACCCUUUCACCAGGUUCACAUGCGGAGCAUGACGGCAAGCCAUACUGUCACAACCCCUGCUACGGUGCAAUGUUUGGACCUAAAGGAUUUGGACGUGGUGGAACGGAGAGCCAUACAUUUAAAUAGACAGGUCCUAUGAUUUACUUUCCAGACAACGUCACAACCAAAGAAGUCACCAAGCUCACAAUUAAAACCAGCAAACAAAUUGACUGACAUGAAUCAUUUUGUGUGCAUAUGUUUAUGAGGUUUUUUUUUUUUCAUUCUGCAGAUGAUUGUUUAUCUGCAUGAAUAAUCAUUUUGUCUUUCCUGAAGGUGGCUAUUUCUGAUUAAACACAUUUUCAAUUUGU